AUGAACGAGUCGGAGUGUGCCAGCCUGCUCGCGUCCGUACAGUGGACGGAUCCGACCAAUCUGGUCUCGCUGGCGGUGCUGGCAUUCAUCAACGUGCUCGUCAUCGUCGGCAACUGUCUGGUGAUUGCGGCCGUACUCUGCUCGCACAAGCUGCGCAGUGUAACCAAUUUUUUCAUCGUUAGUCUAGCUGUUGCUGAUUUAUUAGUCGGAUUAGCUGUAUUGCCAUUUUCGGCCACCUGGGAGGUGUUUAAGGUUUGGAUAUUCGGUGACGUCUGGUGCCGUAUCUGGCUGGCGGUCGAUGUCUGGAUGUGUACGGCCUCGAUCCUAAACCUGUGCGCCAUCUCGCUGGACCGGUACGUUGCCGUAACCCGGCCAGUCACCUAUCCGAGCAUAAUGUCGACCAGGCGCGCCAAGUCGCUCAUCGCCGGGCUGUGGGUGUUGUCCUUCGUGAUCUGCUUUCCACCGCUGGUCGGGUGGAAGGAACAGAAAGUGAAAGAGAACGUUUAUUAUCAAUACGGAAACUACACACUGGUGUCGGUGACACCGUCCCCCGCGCCUCCACUUCCCUGUCCCUGGACGUGCGAGCUGACGAACGACGCCGGGUACGUCGUCUAUUCGGCGCUCGGCUCCUUCUACAUUCCCAUGUUCGUGAUGCUGUUCUUCUACUGGCGGAUCUACCGGGCAGCCGUCCGGACGACACGCGCCAUCAAUCAGGGCUUUCGCACCACCAAAGGUGGCAAGAACAAUCUCGACGAUAGUCUGACGCUGCGGAUGCACCGUGGCAAAGGUGUUGCCUCGCUGAUGGAGUCGACGAUACGCGCCCAGAACGCAGUCCGUAUGUCGCUGGAAGGUUCGGGCCGGGUGCCACCACCAACACCGCCACCUCACUCGACGCUCCAACACCAUCAUCCACCGCCACUACCAACGCCAUCACAGGCGGACACGCAGAACGGUGGCACCAGUACGGACGGUGGCAGCAGCGGCACCUCUCCGAAUCCUCAAAUUUCGAUCUCACGUGCCUCGAGCGGAAGCGUCGUCGUGUUGCCCUGUCCACGGCCCACCACCACCACGAACGUGUCCGCGCCCGGCCUGCAGAUAUCCCUGCACAAUCACCACCAUCAUCAUCACCAUCAUCACCAUCACCACAGCUACCAUGGGCAGCCGACGAGUGCAGGAGCGGCGACGGCAACACUCACCUCACAGUCCUCCCAGCAGUCGGUAACCGGUCGGCAUCACACAGGCAGCAGUCGGCGCAAGAGCGUGUUCAAGGAGGCACCGGUCGGCGUGUCCCGGGACCUUUCGCCCAACUCGUCCAAAAAACUGGGCAAGAAGCACCUGAAGGUACAGGUGAAACGUUUCCGCAUGGAGACGAAGGCGGCCAAAACGCUCGGCAUCAUCGUGGGCGGAUUCAUCUUCUGCUGGUUGCCCUUCUUCACCAUGUACCUGACGCGCGCGUUCUGCGCCGAGUGUAUCAACAGCAUGCUGUUUUCGGUGCUGUUCUGGCUCGGAUAUUGCAACUCCGCCGUCAAUCCAUUCAUCUACGCACUGUUCUCGAAAGACUUCCGGCAGGCGUUUAAGCGCAUCAUACUGCGGUGCCUCUGCUCGAAGCGACUCAAGUUGAACUUGCUGCUGAAGAAGAACUCGGCGCACAACAACACCACGAACCACUCCUACAGCCCGUCGGCGUUCACACCGAUCGCGUCGACGCCUCGCACCGAGAUCGCGGAGAGUGGGGUGGCCGGUGGCGUGUUCAGAUGA